AAGAAAUUAGGUAGAACGUGGAUUGUAAUCUUCCGUGUAAAUAAUAACACGUUUGUUUUAUUUCUUUACGCUUGCAAUAUAGUACUUGUAGCUUUGUUUUGUAGUUUAAUCAUGCCCAUCAUGUUGAUGUGAUAGCCUAAAGGUUGAAGACAGUCUAACAUCACCUGGUUUUAUUAGUGAGAAACAAAGAGGUCAAUCAUUUUAAUCAUGGCAACCUCAGCAGUUAGACAGAAGUUCAUAGAUAUAGGUGCAAAUCUUACAGAUCCAAUGUUUCAAGGAAUCUACAAUGGUUCCAAGAAACAUGUGGAAGAUCUCCAUGAAGUAAUAAAGAGAGCAAUAGCUAAUGGUGUUGGAAAGAUUAUUGUUACUGGUGGAAGUUUAGAAGAUAGUAAGGCAUCUUUAGAACUAGCAAAAACAAAUGAUGUGUUGUACACCACUGUAGGGUGCCACCCAACACGAUGUAAAGAGUUUGAUGAAUCUGGAGAACCUGAAUCAUACCUUCAGCAAUUGAAGAUGUUAGUUUUACAAAAUAAAGAAAAAGUGGUGGCAGUGGGUGAAUGUGGACUUGACUAUGACAGACAACAGUUUUGCCCCAAAGAAAUUCAACAAAGGUAUUUUGAACAUCAGUUUGAUAUAGCUGAAUCUACAUGUUUGCCUAUGUUUCUACAUUGUCGUAACUCUGCCUCAGAUCUCGUCACCAUACUGAAGCGAAACAGAGAAAGGUUUUCCACAGCAGUUGUUCAUUCUUUUGAUGGAUCCAAGGAAGAGGCAAGAGAGUUUCUAGACCUUGGUUUGUACAUAGGCAUUAAUGGAUGUUCUUUGAAAACAUCAGAAAACGUGGAUGUAGUUGCUUCUCUUCCAUCAGAAAGAAUAAUGAUUGAAACUGAUUCACCAUGGUGUGAAAUCAGGCCUUCGCAUGCAAGUUCUAAACAUGUAAAAACUGUCUUUCAGUCCAAAAAGAAAGAAAAAUUUCAGUCAGGAUUUCUGGUUAAAAAUAGGAAUGAGCCAUCAAAUAUUAUCCAAGUUCUUGAAGUGAUUGCAGCAGUUCGUAACCAAGAUGUUGAAGAACUUGCAACAGUUAUAUUUGAAAAUACAAUGCAUGUAUUUUUCCAAAGUUGUUGGUCUUGAAUCUAUAUAUUAAAUUUUCAGUUUGUA